GAAUCAGUCAAAACAGGCUGGCAGAAUGCGUAUUGCCGAUUCCGGCCUGGGAUGGAAGGCGCAAACUGCUCCUGGAUCCACCGUGAAGUCGACUCCGUUCCUCCUGCCCAGCGACGAAAUCUCUAGUGCUCACUGGUCCAGAGGAUCUCGUGGCUGGGAAUUGCGCAUAGACACCAAGAAUAAGGGUGUUGUAAUGCUUGACGGGUUUGAUCAGCAGGAUUUGAACGGCCUGAAGAACGAAUUGCAGAGAAAUUUCGGCGUUCAGCUCGAAGUUAGGGAACACUCGUUGCGUGGAUGGAAUUGGGGAAGGACCCAGCUCACGAGAAACGAGCUAAUUUUCAAUGUCAAUAACAGACCCGCUUUUGAGAUCCCGUACUCGGACAUCACGAACAGUAAUUUGAGCAGAAAGAAUGAGGUUACGGUAGAGAUGAACUUGGGCGAGAAACACGAACCAGAACGUACUGGAGACGAAUUGGUGGAAAUGAAACUGUACAUUCCAGGAACCUUAUCCGAGGAGGAAGAAGAAGGCGAGGAAGGCGAUAAAAACGAGGCAUCGGAGCCAAGGUCGCUCGCUCAAGUGUUCAGCGACCAGCUCAGAGAAAAGGCUGACGUUGGCCAGGUCACUGGCGAGGCAAUUGUUUCCUUUGAAGAAAUCUUGUUUCUCACUCCAAGAGGUCGUUACGAUGUGGACAUGUACGAUACGUUUAUGCGUCUCAGAGGUAAGACGUAUGACUACAAGCUACAAUAUUCGCAGAUUCAGAGAAUAUUCUCGCUUCCAAAACUGUACCAAUUGAACCACUUGAUUGUACUUCAAGUCGAUCCCCCACUAAGACAAGGGCAAACCAGAUACUCCUUCUUGACUAUUCAAGUGUCUUCCGAGGAAGAGAUUGAGGUUGAGCUGAACCUGGACGACGACGAGUACGAAAGCAAGUACAAAGAGCGACUUAACAAAACUUACAAUAAUAACACGUAUAUGGUGAUGACCAGUAUACUGAAGGGAUUUACCGAGAGACGUGUUGUGGUUCCUGGCAAUUUCAUGUCCAAAGACUCGCAGGUUGCGAUUUCCUGCUCUCUCAAGGCCAAUGAGGGACAGCUCUAUCCGCUCGAAAAAUGCUUGCUUUUUGUCACCAAACCAACAGUUCUGAUUCCAUACUCGGAGAUCACCAACAUCGUGUUCUCGAGAAUUGGCUCUGGCACAGGUGCAUCGAGAACUUUUGAUAUGGAGGUGAACCUUCGUAAUGGAGCACGCUCGCAUAGCUUUGGAAAUAUGGACCGAGGUGAGCAAACGCUUCUUGAGAACUUCUUCAAAAGCAAGAACCUCAAGGUUAGAAACGAUGAGAAGGUUGCCCAGGAGAUGUUGGCAUCUGCUAUGGCAGAGUCCGAUGGUGACAGCGACAUGGACAUGGGAUCUGCCGACGACGACGAAUCUCCAGACGAGGACUUCAAGGACGAGGACAUGUCUGGCUCUGAUGUUGCAGAGGAGUUUGACUCUGAUGCUAGCGUCAGUGAAGACGGAGAGGACGAUGAACCUCAAAAGAAGAAGCCAAAAACCUAGUAAAAAUAAUAAAUCAAUCUGUAA